CCACAAGGAACGGGCAGAAGCAGUUUCCAAAAAAGUAUUGAAUGUCCUGAGGAAUUCAGCCGCCCCCCGUGUGAAACUACAUAUUUGACAGGGUGCAGAGAGAGAGCGCCUGCACUCCAGCUUUAGCGUUCAGUUCGGCACAGACGCUCCGAGCUUUCGGACCAGCAGCACCGCCGGGUCUUUUGGGGGACGUUAACUUUUCUGUGCGGCCGAAAAAACACAAAUAAGCAGCCAUGGAUGCCAUUAAGAAGAAGAUGCAGAUGCUCAAGCUCGACAAGGAGAACGCCUUGGACAGAGCUGAGCAAGCUGAAUCCGAUAAGAAAGCAGCAGAGGACAGGAGCAAGCAGCUGGACGAUGAAUUAAGAGAAAUGGAAAAGAAAUUGCGCAUAACUGAGGACGAGCGCGACAGAGUGUGUGAGGAGUUCCAAAAUGCCGAGGAAAAGCUGCUGACCGCUGAAGAGGUCGCUACAAAGCUCGAGGAUGAUUUGGUAGCUCUGCAGAAGAAACUGAAGGGCACUGAGGAUGAGUUGGACAAGUAUUCCGAAGCUCUUAAAGAUGCCCAGGAGAAACUGGAGCUGGCUGAGAAGAAGGCCGCAGAUGCUGAGAGCGACGUAGCCUCUCUUAACAGACGUAUCCAGCUGGUUGAGGAGGAGUUGGAUCGUGCUCAGGAGCGUCUUGCCACUGCCCUGCAGAAGCUGGAGGAGGCUGAGAAGGCUGCUGAUGAGAGCGAGAGAGGCAUGAAGGUUAUUGAGAACAGGGCCCUGAAGGAUGAGGAGAAGAUGGAAAUCCAGGAGAUCCAGCUUAAAGAGGCCAAGCACAUUGCAGAGGAAGCUGACCGCAAAUAUGAGGAGGUGGCCCGUAAGCUGGUGAUUGUUGAGGGUGAGCUGGAGCGUACAGAGGAGCGUGCUGAGCUGUCUGAGGGAUGUGUGCGACGAUUACAGGAAGAGAUCACUGUGCUGGACCAAAACUUUAAGUCAUUAAAAUCUGCAGAACAGAAGUACUCACAGAAGGAAGACAAAUAUGAAGAGGAGAUCAAGGUCCUCACCGACAAGCUGAAGGAGGCUGAGACUCGUGCCGAGUUUGCUGAGAGAUCAGUAGCCAAGCUUGAGAAGACCAUUGAUGACCUGGAAGAUGAGUUGUAUUCCCAGAAACUCAAGUACAAAGCUAUCAGCGAGGAGCUGGACCAUGCUCUCAACGACAUGACUUCAAUGUAAUUCAUGCACUCAUUUUGCUUGUGCCCCUGCCUGCCCGUCCUCCCUUACCCGUCUACUCUCCUCCAUUUUCACUUGAUCACUUCAUCUCUGACUGUGUGAUCUUGUUCCUUUAAUUCACCAACCUUAUCUCCCUUUUUUAAAACUUCCUGCUAUCUCUGUUACUCAGCAAGAUCAGUGGCUGCUGUUACUGCUCCUCUUGAGAGAGAGAGAGAGAGAGAGAGAGAAAGUUCAUUGCCUGUGGCAUGUUCACACCUUUGCACACUGUCGCAAAGGCUGUGAACAUGUGCUAGUCCAUGUAGUUUCCUCUCUUGUACAUAAGUAGUCAAGUUGUUUUUGGUUUUUUUUGUGUGAGGAGCAAAAAUGUAAUAUGUUCAACAGUGAAGCCAGAUUUUGUGAAGGCAGUGUAUAGUAGAGUGCUCUUUUUGUAACCUCUCUAUGAAUUUUACUGGCUGAUGAUACAAACAGGGCUCACACCAAACUCUAAAAAGUGUUUACUCAUCAAUAACAAUGCAUCUUAUUUGUAUUGUAACCUUGACAUAAAGCAUGUACACAGUUUGUUAAAAUGCAGUAUUGUUAAAGGGGAAGCAUGUCCUUGAAUACAGUAUCGAGCUACUUCCUGUGUGUAUCCUCUUGCUCCGCUCCUACUAAUAUUGUCAACUUCUGUGUAGUGUGCUCAGUGUACCUCAGUUCACCAUGAUGUUUGAAACUGAGAUGACAUGGUGUAUAAUAUAUGGUGUUCUACUGUAUGACUGGCCUGUAUGCUGUUUGGUAAGUCAGCGCAGGUACGGUAGUUUUUGCAUUUUGUGUCUCACCAUAGCUAUUAAAGUUGCAGCUAGAUUGCAGUUUUUUUUAUUUGUUGUUUUAAAUGUGUUGUCCAUUCUAAAAUAGUUCUAAAUGGAUGUCCUAGGCCAGAAUUUUGGAAGGCAGGUUAAUGGCUAGCGUUUUGCAGGGCAGUUAAUCUUCCAUUAACAUCUUAUAAGUAAAGAAUAAAUCCCUCUGGGCUGGGCUGUUACAGGAAGAAAAAAAAAAAAAGUUAUUGGAUAGAUUAUUUUCUGUAACAAAAUAACACCAAGUGUCAUUACUCUAUAUAGAAAAGCGUUUUUCCAAAAAUUACCAUCAAGUUAUUGUUGAACAGCAGGUCAUGACUUCUAACCGUUGUAGUCGCAUUUAAUGUUAUGGAAUGCCCAUAAGAUAAGUUCCUGUUGUCAAUUCUGUUUCUAGCAGCUAUAAACAAUCAUUCUCUUCCCAGUCCAUUUUUUUUAAAAUUUGAAUAAGCAAAAAUCCCAGCUUGUCAUGUUGCCAAGAAACUGGAAAGCACAAAACCUUUUUUCCUGAAGACUCUCCUGUAACUUAAACUGAAACUUAAAUAUCAAAUCAAAGUCCUUCCCAUGCCACAAGGCACAUUGGGCGGUGCUGAUCUCCUUUUCAGUAGCCCUCAGCAUCUUGCCUAUUACAUAGCUAGGGUUACAGUGAGAGUUUGACUCCCUGUUCACAUCUGUAUUGCGGCAUGCCUUGCCAGAUGGCAGUAGGUACCUUUUUUUUUUUUUUUUAAAUGAUGGUCUUUGGUAUGGCCCAACCAUGAAUAGAACUUGGGAUCUCCCUGUCUAGAGGCGGACAUGCUAACCACUAGGCCAACUCGCUGUAAAUGUUAAAAAAAUAACCAAACAGGAAACGUCACCAUAUCACAAAGUAAAUUAUUUUUUGUUAAAUAGUAUGUUUUUAAAUCUGUCCUCAUUCACAGGGACUUGUCUAGCAUGGUUAAUAUAGAAACCAUAACAUAGAACAAGCACACUGAACUACUGCGAUUCCAUAUGCAUCGUUUCUGACGGACCGUGUGUGUGUGUGUGUGUGUGUGUGUGUGUGUGUGUGUGUGUGUGUGAGAGAGAUUUUAUACACUCGGAGCCCAAGUAUACAAGUUGAAAAAGUUGUAUAUAUUAAAAUAGUUAUCUUAUCUGAUCAGGAAAUUCACAAUGAGCCCUGGUUAUUAUGCCUGUUUUAUUUUUGAAGCGUGAGUGCUGCACACCAGUGUACCCCUGAGCAAUGUCCCUGUGGUGGACAUUGUGGUCAUGUUUGCAGUGCCCCUUUUCUUAUCCUUUCUGAUGUGUGCACGCUGUGCAUCGUCUCAGCCCCACAGUGAGGGCUCCAUCACGUUCUCUCUGCUCCUUUUCCCUGCACAGAUAAAUUGUUUACGCCCCAUCAAAGACGCCUCCUGUCCGCGGAGCGGCAUCACCCUGCUCUCUCCAGCCUUCUGUACUUUUUUUCUCCCCUUCACCUGUCUGUCUUUCCCCCCUUCCCUUUUCCCUCAUUUUUGUCUCCUAUCCUUCAGUGUCAGUUUGUUUCCCCCUCUCUUGUACAGAACCUUUGAUUCUUUCUGCAUUGUGUAAAAAUAAACAUUCUUCCUUCUCUGUAAAACUAUAUCUCCUCACUUUUUGUCCUUUUUUUUUCUUUGUUCUUUUAUGCUGUCUUAUUUUCAUUUCUAUGUGCUUUAAUUUAUUUCUGAGUGGCUAUAAUAAAAUCAAGAUGGCCUCCUGUUAACUCAUGCAUUUUAUUUCCAUCAUAUGGUACCCAUUUAAAGGAUAAUACUGGUAUUAACACUAGAGCCUGUUUAUAUAGGGGACUGCCUAUAUACACUGUGGCUUAAGAGCAUAUAUGCAAAUCCUACAUUAUCUCCCAUUUAGACGUACGAGUCUGAACCUUUUCACAGUCCUAGAGGAUGUCACUUCUUCAUUUAGGUUUAUUACAGAGAUUAAAUUUAAGCUACUGCAUUAACUGUAAUACAUUUACAAAUGAAACAGACAUUUAAGCAUCUUUUAGCUCCUCUUCAAUGUUCUUGCUUUAGAAUUGUCAUAAGCCCUCAACAUGAUACUGCCAGGAAAGAAUAUCAACUGCAUUCAUUACAAAGAUAAUUUUGUUCUUGAAGCUAAUAUUCAAUGGUUGAAAAAGUAGUGUUUGGCAAACAGAUUGAGAAUAUUAAUGAAAAUCCUAUUGGUUUUCAAUUUGCAUUUACAAUAAUUUCACAAUGAAUGUUGCUGAGCAGCGUGGCCUAUUCAAGAUAUUUCACUUUUUUUGAGCAGCAUGGCAUGUAACUUAAUGCAAAGUGGAAAACUAAGGAAACUUGUUUUAUGAGUGAACAAAACCUUUUUCUUUCUGAUUCCAGUGAACUUGGUCCUUAGUUACACAUUACUAUAAGAUAUUUAAAGAAUGCAUGAAAAUGUUCUAUUCAUUGGUGUCAGUAAAUAUCAGACUAAAUCUCCCAUGAUUCAUUUAAGUAAUUAACUAAUUAUAGAUGAUUUGUAUAGUGAAUUUAGGGGCAUGAGGUUUCUCUUUUACUAGAGAACCAGUUCCUAUCUCAUUAGUGUUUUCUCCUGCUUUCAACAUACCUGAUCUCAUUAAUUAACUAAUUAGCAGUCCUUCCUGAGUUGAAGUGUUUGUGUUGGAGCAGGGGAAACACUAAAAUGUACAGGGGGUAUUCCAGGGCUAGGGUUGGGAACCUGGGUACUAGAAUAUAAGACCAGGUCACUUAGUGGUUGUUUCUUAUUCAUCGGCUCUUUCUCCACAGAGGAAUAUUUCACUUUUUGUCCAUUCUAUAAAUGUUCGGUUCUUACCAAGGUACAGUCCAUCCAAUUUGUACUAACACUACUUCUGCACUUUAGGUGUUCUUUUUUUCCCCUCUGUUUCACUUUCUUGUCUUUUUUUUUUUUUUCUUCCUCCUUCCCUAACCUGCUGCCUGACUGCACAGACCGUCUCGACCGGCAACUUGAGAAAAACCGUGUUCUCGCUAGUGAACUAAGGCUGGCCUUGAACGAGGACUAAUUCUAGUGUGAAUUGUUUUGUUCCAUGUUAAUAACCAAAUGAAGUAUGAUUUUACAUGAAGAUGUGUGUGAUUACGCCAUAUUUAUGAAAACUAUACUAUCCAAUAUGUUAAUCAUACUCACAGCCUGGUACAAAGUGUCUGAAUUAGCACUGUGUUAAUAAUGUCUUAAAAUCUACAAUAUUGCUUAUGCACGCCGUAGCUAUUAAGCAUGCCUUAAACAGGGACACUGUCACCUUUAAGUACUGGUGAGUGUUGCAUGGUCUCAAGGCUCCUCAUCUGUCUCUGAGUGGAACAAGUACCAAGAUAUUUUAUUGCUAACUCAAUGACAGUGUGUGCAUUUGUAAAGCCGCAGUCUUAUCUGGAGUGUAUGUUGAAUAUCAGUGUAACUGUAGUACUUGUGCAUGCUCUGUUCUGUCGUAAAUGAUCACUGACAUGAUUUAAUGUUGUUUAAUCUAUUAAUGUUUGUUUUCUAACACUUGAUGUUC